AUGCCUCCCGUUCCCUUCGUCGGGCGGCUGCAUAUCCACGAGUACCUCGCCCUCGGUGGCUCCUUCGUCCUCCUCCUCCUCGAAGUCGUGAUCCGGACGAUAACCCUGCUACUCCCCACGCCUAUCAUUCACUUGGGGUAUCGGAUCAGUCGCAAUGCCUUCAACAGCCUCUCAUCGCCAUAUUCGCGACGCGCCCGCAAUAAGAAAAAGGGUGUUUCAUACUCCAUAGCGCAUGCAGAUGAUUUCGUCGCGCUUUGCGAGCUCUACGGCUAUUCUGCCGAGGAGCAUGUUGUUCAGACGAAAGAUGGCUUCCUUCUGGGCGUGCACCGACUCGCCUGGCGCAAAGGCGAGGAGGAUCAGCGUGUCAAUUGCGGGCCAGGCAGCAUACAGAAGAAGGUGAUAUACCUGCACCACGGUCUCAUGAUGAACAGCGAGGUCUGGGUAUGCAUUACGGAGCAGGAGCGGUGUCUGCCCUUUCUGCUGGUCGAUCAGGGCUACGAUGUCUGGCUCGGUAAUAACAGAGGAAACAAGUACAGCAAAAAGUCGCUGCAUUACGGUCCGAUAGACCUACCGUUUUGGAAUUUCAGCAUGGAUGACUUUGCCUUCCAUGAUAUUCCUGAUUCGAUUAACUAUAUCCUCAGCACAACGGAGCAGCCGAGCUUGUCAUAUAUUGGAUUCAGUCAAGGAACUGCACAAGCGUUUGCUACUUUGUCAAUUCAUCCCACGCUCAACUCCAAGGUCGAUGUAUUCGUGGCGUUGGCACCAGCCAUGGCACCUCCGGGUCUUGCCUCUGGCAUCGUAAGCUCUCUAGUCAAAUCUAACCCGGAAGUACUCUACUUGGCAUUCGGCCGUCGCGCCAUGCUCAGCAGUACGACAAUGUGGCAGGCUAUACUCUACCCAGCCAUCUUUACUUGGGUCAUCGACAAGGCGCUGAGUUUCCUCUUUGGCUGGAAGACGGCCAACAUCACACCUCACCAGAAGCUGGCCGCGUAUCCUCACUUAUACUCUUUCACCAGCACCAAGAGUGUAGUUCACUGGUUUCAGAUCAUCCGAAAUGGUAAAUUUCAGAUGUUCGAUGACGAGGUCACUGGUCCAGGCAGCUUCACUACAGGAAGCAAGUAUUACAAGGUUGCCAAGUUUCCCACCAGAAACAUCAAGACUCCCAUCGUUCUCGUCUACGGCGGGAGCGAUAGCUUGGUCGAUAUCAAGCUCAUGCUCAAGGAGCUGCCCAGGCAUACCGUUGCGAAGUGCGUACCAAAGUACGAGCAUUUGGAUCUCCUCUGGGCCAGUGAUGUUGAGCACCUCGUCUUUCCACAUGUCCUCGAAGCUUUGAACAACUACGCUACUCCCAGCGUCACCAAGCGCGAGGCGCUGGGCUGGACCGGAGGCCUGGAACUCCCCAGCCGCAACAUCUUCGACAGUACACAGCCUCCCGGAUACUCGGACGAUGAGCAGUCUCGCCGAAUGCCAGAGACGCCCAUUUCCGACGCUUUCCGUCGCUCUCAUGCCGAGGAGCAAAUGGACGAAAGCGACCAAGACGAUGAAAUGAACAGCAGUCGGGAAGGACUCAUGCUCGCACCAUCCGCUUUUGCGCACUCUUCUGCCAGUCCGCGUAGGACCAGGACCCUUCAGGCUAGCCUUCUGCCCGGCGAAACUCAGCCCCGGAACUGA